UUCGUUUUCCGAACUUACACGAACGAAUAUUUCCAUUUCCGACAUCAUUGUCAAAAGUCAAAACACAAUCUUUGGGUGGUUGUGUAAUAAUCGCGCAGUUUUCUUGCAAGAAAACACUGAAAAUGUCGACUAUAACAUUAUUCAACGUCGCCAGAACAGGUGCGCGUUUCAUUCGACCCUUCAGUGUAUCCUCCACCGCACUAGACAGAAGCCGAAAUGCACAAGGCAAGAAAGAAGAAGGCUACAUCUUCGUCAACGCAAAACUCCCCGAGAUGGACUUCAAGUCAAUGACAGACCGCGCAGCGGCUACAAUGUUCUGGACGGAACUCUUCCGCGGUCUAGGUGUAACCCUCGCUCACAUCUUCAAAGAACCCGCGACUAUCAACUACCCAUUCGAGAAAGGACCUCUCAGUCCCCGAUUCCGCGGCGAGCACGCUCUGAGACGCUACCCGAGCGGAGAAGAAAGAUGUAUUGCCUGUAAACUAUGUGAAGCAAUCUGUCCAGCACAGGCAAUCACAAUUGAAGCAGAGGAACGCGCGGAUGGAUCCCGCCGCACAACGCGUUAUGAUAUCGACAUGACCAAGUGUAUCUACUGCGGUUUUUGUCAGGAAGCAUGCCCGGUGGAUGCAAUUGUCGAAGGACCCAACUUUGAGUUCUCCACCGAGUCGCACGAGGAGUUGUUGUACAACAAAGAGAAGCUACUCAACAACGGCGACAAGUGGGAGUCGGAAAUCGCCGCUAAUAUUCAAGCGGAUCAUUUGUAUCGUUAAUUAGACCCGAAACUAGAGAUUUAAAUUAAUUAAACGUUGUUGUAAAUAGAAAACAA